UGUGGUUGGUUUUCCAGAUCUUUGGAUAUGCUUGCUGAUGUUAAUCUGGCAGAAGAAGGCAUCUUAUUGUUGCUGUUUGUUUGUGUUCAUGAAAUGUGCUGUUGUAUCAAUAGGGACGCUGAUCUUGCAUCAGUAUCUAGGCUACUGACUCUUGCUGCUUGCUAUGCAACUAAAGUGAUUCGUAGAUAUGGUUCUUUGACUCUAAAGAAAACUCUCACGCAUAAUGUUGGAAAAGGAUUCAGACCGUCUCUGUCUCAGUCAAGGUCAAACUUGCUACUGUGGGACCAUGUUGGUAACAGUUCUAGAAGAAUUUAUGAAAUGUCAUUCUAUUUGGAGGUUAUAAGAAAUCUUCAAAGUCGGUUGAUUUCAAAGAACAGAAGACCAAUCCAAGAUCCAACAGAUGUUAGAGAUGCAUCAAGUUUGGAGGAUCAAGAAGCAUUGCAGAGUGAUUCCAUACUUUCACAUCAGCAGAUUGAUAGUUCAGAACAUCAGGCGAAGGGGGAUUGUUCAUCAGGUGCAUCUGAAUCACCAUUGGAUAGUUCUGGUGCUCUAGCAGUUCAAUCAGUAGAACCUUCUCCAGAUAUGAUUAGAACUCAUGAACUUUGUGUCCGUGAGGUUAGUAUAAUGCAAAGGAAUCUGAUUCCUUUGGAAAAUCCCAAAGACAUGAUUUCACGUUGGCAUUUAGAUAAUUUUGAUAUUAAACUUGUUGUAAAAGAUGCCCUACAUGCUGGCCGUCUUCCUUUAGCUGUUCUUCAGAUGCAUUUACAGAAUCAGAGACAAUUAACAUCCAAUAAAGAGCCUCAAGAUAUUUUUAGUGAAGUUCGUUAUACUGGAAGGGGUAUUGCAUAUGAUUUAUUUUUGAAGGGGCAAACUGAACUAGCUAUUGCAACAUUACAUAAACUAGGGGAGGACUUAGAAGCUGUCCUUAGACAAUUAUUAUUUGGUACUGUAAGACGAUCUCUUCGGGUGCAAAUUGCAGAAGAGAUGAGGAGACUUGGAUAUUUAAGAACAAAUGAACUAAAAACACUGGAGAAAAUUUUCCUUAUCGAGAGACUAUAUCCGAGCUCUAGCUUUUGGAGAAUAUAUUUACAGAGGCAGAAAAGACUUUAUCAGACACCUUCAACUCUUACAUUAGAACCUGAUAAUGCAAUGUUAACUUUCCGUGUGACUGACUAUCUUAAUAUUCCAUGUGGUGAUAUUGAUGGAGUGAUCCUUGGUUCUUGGGCAUACAUGGAUGAUGGGUCUUCUACUUCUGAUGUUGAUGAAGAUAUCACUCCUCCUAGUUACUGGGCUUCUGCAGCUGCUUGGUCUGAUGCUUGGGACCAAAGAACCAUAGACCGUAUAAUGCUUGAUCAGUGUGUUCAUGCGGGAGUUGAUAUACCAUGGGAAUCCAAAUUUGAAUAUUAUAUAGCUCACAAUGAUACAGAGGAGAUCUCCAAGCUUUUAGAUGCUUUUCCCACAUCUAUGUUGUUAAAAGGGUCUCUUAUAAUUAAUUUGACUUCAUAUUCUCCUUCUAAUGCUGAACCAAUUGAGAUGCUUGCUGACCAUUCUAGUGCCUUGUAUAUAUGCUUUCCUGAAGAUUUGGAGGUUGUUUCUUUGGACGUUCCACAUGUCAAAUUGUUUAGUUUUUCUGCUAUUAAUACAUGCACAUCCUGGUUGAAACUUCAUGUGGAGGAAGAACUUGCAAAGAAAUAUAUCUUCUUGAAACAGUCCUGGCGAAGUAGUGAUGAGAUCAUGCCACUUCUUGCUCUUGCGGGCUUGUUAACCUCUACACCUGGAAUGCUUGUCAAGGAUAAGUUUUCUGACAGUUCACUUGACUUGGAUUUAGCAAACAGUUCUAGAAAGUGCCUGGAUACUUCGGAAGCUAUCCAUAAACUUGUUGUUAAUUACUGUGUGCAGCAUUACUUACCAUAUCUUUUGGACCUAUACACUGAUCAUCAUCUUCUUCAGGAUUAUCAAUCUCUUUCUACUUUAAAGCAAGCUGCAGGAGAUUGCCACUGGGCAAAUUGGUUCCUUUAUUCUACGGUCAAAAGUUGCGAGUAUGAAGCAUCAUUUUUCAAUGCCCGUUCAAAUUUGCACCGACAUGCUGGCAUUGACAGCAAGCUAGAUGUCCUAGAGAUUGAUGGAAUAAUACAUACUGUUGAUGAUAUGGCUGAAGGUGGAGGAGAGAUGGCUGCUUUGGCUACUCUAAUGUAUGCUAGUGUUCCAAUGCAGAAAUGUCUAUGUACAGGAAGUGUGAACAGAAACAGUGGUUCCUCUUCUCAGUGCACGUUAGAGAACUUGAGGCCUGGCCUCCAGCAAUUUCCUACUAUUUGGCAGAUGCUUUUGGCCUUCUGCUUUGGACAAGAUACAAAUGGUUAUCCCUUUAGUUCUGCUUCUAGUUAUAAUCCUUUGGGAAAGUCUGCAUUCUUUGAUUAUUUGAGUUGGCGCAGUGGCUUGUUCUCAUCAGCUGCAUGUGAUACUUCACUAGAGCAGAUAUUGCCAUACUGUCUUCCAAAAUCUGUUAGAAAAUUGAUUAAAAUGUUUACUCAGGGUCCUAUUGGAUGGCAGUCACUGUCAGGUAGUUGGAAUAAUACAGAAUCUUUACUUUUUGCGGACAAUGGUUUUGCUGUUAAUAUGAAUUGGAAGGGUGGACUUAGUGCUAUAUCUUGGGAAGCAUCUAUCCAAAAGAGCAUUGAGGAGGAACUUUAUUCUUCGGUUGAGGAGAAAGGAUUUGGAAUUGAGCACCAUUUGCAUCGUGGGCAAGCACUGGCAGCUUUCUACCAUAUUCUUGGUGCAAGAGCCUUGCACUUGAAAUCAACGAGUCCACUUCAACAGAUAUCUGGGAAACCUAACAUACAGUCAGAUGUGCAAGCAAUUCUUGCACCUUUAGCUGAAACUGAAAGAUUAAGUCUCUCAUCUGUUGCUUCCCUAGCUGUUACACGCUUUGAAGAUUCUGUUCUUGUAUCUUCCUGCUCUUUCUUGUUGGAGCUUUGUGGUCUAUCUGCUAGCAUGCUUCGUGUAGAUAUUGCUGCACUAAGGCGGAUUUCUUCUUGUUAUAAUUCAUUUGAGCAUAAUGCACAUUAUGACCAGGUUUCACCAAAGGGCUCUGCGUUUCGUUCAGUAUCUCAUGAUGGUCAGUUAACUGCUUCCUUAGCUCGAGCGUUAGCUGAUGACUAUGUUCGCCGUGAGCAUCUCAAAAUUUCCAAGAAAGGGGAUGCUUCUGAAAGCAUUAUUAAAGACAAACCAUCUGUGGCUCUUAUGACCAUUUUACACCAUCUGGAAAAGGCAAGUCUUCCAUUCCUGGCUGAUGAAAAUACAUGUGGUUCAUGGCUCGUGAGCGGCGUUGGCAAUGGGCUUGAGUUCCGAGCUAAACAGAAAGAAUCCAGUCAACAAUGGAGCCUAGUCACAAAAUUCUGUCAGAUGCACCAACUUCCGAUGAGCACAAGAUAUCUUUCUUUACUUGCUAAUGAUAAUGAUUGGGUUGGGUUCCUAACAGAAGCUCAGUUGGGUGGAUUUUCUAUGGACGUGAUCAUUCAUGUGGCAGCUGAUUUCAGUGAUUCUCGACUAAAGACCCACAUAUUAACAGUUUUGAAAAGCAUCCAAUCGACUAAGACUAAAACAAGCUCAUUGGUAACUUCAACUCCAGAAAGUUGUGGAGAGAAUCUUUUGGUUUCUGAUAAUAUUACUGCAGUUUCUACUGAGCUAUUUUUUAUCCUUGCUGAUUGUGAGAAGAAAAAAAAUCCUGGACAGUCUCUUUUAUUAAAAGCAAAGGAUUUACAUUGGUCCCUGUUGGCAAUAAUUGCUUCAUGUUUUUCUGAUGUUUCUCCACUUUCAUGCCUAACAGUUUGGCUUGAGAUUACAGCGAUGAGAGAGACAUCAUGCAUCAAGAUGGACAAUCUUUCUUCUAAAAUAGCAACAUGUGUGGGAGCUGCAGUUGACUCUACAAAUUCUUUACCAAGUGGAAGCAGAAACAUUGCAUUUCAUUAUAAUAGGAGGAAUGCUAAAAGGUUCCGAGCAGAACCAUUGCCUGUAAAUUCCUCAAUUGGUGCAGCCUCUGGCAUUUGUAAUAUGACAAACUCCUAUGUUGCUUCUAUCUCUAAAGAAAUUUCAAAUGAACUUAAAAUCUUGGAUAUUGAUCAACCAAAAGUUUCCUAUGGUCUUGAUGAAGGACUUAGUUCUCUUUCUAAUAUGGUAGCAGUUCUUUUUGAACAGCAUUUAUUUCUUCCUUUACUGAGGGCAUUUGACAUAUUUCUGCCAUCAUGUCCUCUUCUAUCCUUCAUACGUUUCCUUCAGGCAUUUUCUCAAAUGCGUCUUUCUGAAGCUUCAGCACAUCUUUCAUCGUUUUCUGCCCGAAUGAAGGAAGACAUAUCUCAUAUGCUGGACAUAGCACGAGAUGGCCUAAUUAAAGUAUCAUGGUUAAGCUCCACUGCUGUAAAAUCUGCAGAAGCAGUGCUGGCAAGAUGUCCUUCAGCUUAUGAAAGAAGGUGUUUGUUGCAGCUUCUUGCAGGUGCUGAUUUUGCGGAUGGUGGUUCUUCUGCAGCAUAUUUUCGAAGACAGUACUGGAAAAUAAAUUUAGCUGAACCAUCUCUGCGCAAGGAAGCUGAUGUAUGCUUAGGAAAUGAGAUUCUUGAUGAUGGUUCUCUUUUGACAGCAUUGGAAAAAAAUGGUUGUUGGGAACAGGCACGAAAUUGGGCUAGGCAGCUAGAGUCAACUGGUCUAUCUUGGAAAUCUGUCUCUCACCAUGUCACGGAAGCACAGGCUGAAGCCAUGGUUUCCGAGUGGAAGGAAUUCCUUUGGGAUGUUCCAGAGGAGAGAGCCGCUUUAUGGAACCAUUGUCAGACACUUUUUAUGAGACAUUCGUUUCCACCAUUGCAGGCAGGAUCAUUUUUCCUCAAACAUGCAGAAGCCAUUGAGAAAGAUAUUCCAUCAAGAGAAUUGCACGAGAUUCUUCUUCUUGCUCUACAGUGGUUAAGUGGAACAAUAACUCAGUCUCCUCCGGUUUAUCCUUUGGAUAUUCUGAGGGAGAUUGAAACUAGAGUGUGGCUCCUAGCAGUAGAAUCAGAAUCUCAGUUUAAGGCUGAACGUGCCUAUACAUCACUCAGCUCUGUUCAUAAUUUAGUGGGUGGAAAUUCUUCCAGUGUUAUAGAACAGACUGCAAAUAUCAUUACAAAAAUGGAUAAUCACAUAAAUGCAAUGUCCAUGAAAGCUAGUGAGAGAAAUGGUACAAGGGAAUACAAUUUCCCACAUAAUCGGCAGUCACAAACCUUAGAAUCUAGCAGUGUCGCCACUGCAGUGAGCAUUGCAAGGACAAAGAGAAGGACAAAAACUAAUCCAAUACAAAGACGUUUUGUUUUAGACACUUUGGAAAGCAACAUUGAUUCUGAUGAUUACACUGAUUCUCAUCUUAAGAAUACUGGUGAAAUAUCUAAAACUAUGCUAUCACAAGAAGAAAGUUUGAGUAUAGAGUCAUCAGUCUCUGCAUGGGAGAAAAGAGUACAACCUGCAGAAAUGGAGAAGGCUGUCCUUUCCUUGUUGGAGUUUGGUCAAAUUACAGCUGCUAAACAGCUUCAGAAGAAACUGUCUCCAACACACAUGCCAUCUGAAAUUUCCCUGGUUGAUGCUGCUUUAAAGCUUGCGACCUUAUCAUCUUCAAAUAGCAAUGAUGAUCUUAGUCUAUCACCCCUUGAUCCUGAAGCCCUUGAAGUUAUUAGAUCUGCUGGUGUAACAAUUAAGGAUCACAUGAUUCAACUAUCACAGGCUUUGGAGUUCUUAGCUACCAAGUGCUGUGAAGGUUCUGGGCGUGGGUUGUGUAGAAGAAUAAUUGCUGUUGUCAAAGCUGCAAAAAUACUUGGCCUCCCAUUUUCUGAGGCAAUUGAGAAAAAACCUAUAGAUUUGCUGCAAUUGCUUUCUCUUAAAGCCCAAGAUUCUCUUGAAGAAGCCAAACUGUUGGUACAGACCCACACAAUUCCUGAUCCAAUCAUUGCAAGGAUUCUUGCUGAAUCUUUUCUGAAGGGACUGUUGGCCGCACAUCGUGGUGGUUACAUGGAUUCUCAGAAGGAAGAGGGCCCUGAGCCUCUUUUGUGGAGAUUCACUGAUUUUUUGAAGUGGGCACAACUUUGUCCUUCUGAACAAGAAAUUGGUCAUUCACUCAUGCGCGUAGUAAUGACAGGACAAGAAAUACCACAUGCUUGUGAGGUUGAACUUCUUAUACUGGCACACCACUUCUACAAAUCUUCUGCCUGCCUUGAUGGAGUCGAUGUUCUUGUGACCCUUGCUGCCAACAGAAUUGAAUCAUAUGUGUUGGAGGGUGAUUUUACUUGUUUGGCUCGCUUGGUUACCGGAGUCAGUAACUUCUAUGCCUUGAAUUUCAUUUUAAAUAUCCUUAUAGAAAAUGGUCAGCUCGCACUGCUUCUUCAAAAGUACUCAGCUACAGAGAUGGCCACCGGCACAGCCGCUGCUGUCAGAGGAUUCAGAAUGGCUGUUCUAACAUCAUUAAAGCUAUUUAACCCUCAUGACUUCGAUGCACUUGCCAUGGUCUACAACCAGUUUGACAUGAAGCAUGAGACAGCUUCACUCCUUGAGUCUAGAUCCUUGCAGUAUAUGAAGCAGUGGCUUUGUUGUCGCGACAAGGAUCGUCAAACUGAGGAUCUUCUUGAGGCUAUGCGCUAUUAUGUUGAGGCUGCUGAAGUCCUUGCCACUAUUGAUGCAGGGCAGAAGACUCAUAAUGCCUGUGCCCAAGCAUCUCUCCUUUCCCUCCAGAUCCGGAUCCCUGACAUACAAUGGAUUGAUCUCCCAGAAACAAGAGCUCGUAGGACACUUGUGGAGCAGUCUCGUUUUCAGGAAGCCCUUAUUGUGGCAGAAGCAUACAAGCUAAACCAGCCAGGCGAGUGGGCUCCUGUAUUAUGGAAUCAAAUGUUUAAACCAGACUUAGUUGAGCAGUUUGUGGCAGAGUUUGUUGCUGUCCUUCCUUUGCAACCAUCAAUGCUACUAGAGCUGGCAAGGUACCACCGGAAUGAGGUUGCAGCCAGAGGGGAUCAAUCUCACUUUUCAGUGUGGCUCUCUCCAGGAGGGCUGCCUGCUGAGUGGAUUAAGCAUUUAGGCAGGUCUUUCAGGAUCUUGCUCAAGAGGACGAGGGAUUUGAAGCUGCGGAUGCAAUUAGCAGCAGCAGCAACAGGGUUUCAGGAUGUAACUGAUGCAUGUAUGAAGGUGAUGGAUAGAGUUCCAGAGAAUGCCGGGCCUCUUAUUUUACGGAAGGGCCAUGGCGGAGCUUACCUACCCCUUAUGUAGAUAUAAACUCAUGGAAUUUAUUAUGUUGGAUAUCCGGAAUGUUCUACUAUUAGUCCAUUAGUUUGCAAUUUUGGUACCGAAACUGGGAUAGCUUAAGUGCCAAGCAACUUCAGAAUAGAGGUGUUUUUUUAACUCAUUCUUUUGGGUGUGAAUGCUUGUGCCUGAAUAGUGAUUCUUUGUCAUACCUAUGAGCAAAUAAUAGGGAAGCUCGCUUGUACAUUUAUCUUUUUGUAAUUGGAAGAUGAUUAGUUAGUAGAUGUCUUUGUGAUGUAAAGUCCUUGUAUUCGGAACUGUUGUAUCUGUAUUAUUCAAUUUUGUAAUCGUAGAAUUGGAAUAUGUUCCCCUUUGAGACGUUUUA